AGAAUGCAUUGAGGAGUCGGCCGGUCCAGGAGUAUCGAGAUGUCCGCCGUAACCAGCCCGUAUGGCCCUACGGAGAUGCUUUCCGACUCGGUGUACAACUACGCGACGACCCGGCGGGGGACCGCCGACCAGGACAGCGACUCCCAGUACGAGGCGCAGGCCCAGCUGCAGAUCACCAGUAUCCAGAAACCGCGGAACAAGCGGAAGAACUUCAAACCGAUAAGCAGUCGUAUGGUAGAGGUGUCCGAUGACUCGGAGAAGGAGGACGAGGAGCUGGAAACGAUGGAGGAGAGCUCCAGCGAGAUCCUCGAGUACGAGAGAAAGACGAUGCUGUUGCCGGCCGAGGACAGGUCCAAGCAGAGGCUGAACAACAACGAGGUCAGCCCGAUGGACCUGUCCGUCGCGACCAGGCCACCUUCGUCGGAGGCUGACGAUGACAGCGGCGACUCGCUUAGGCAUAAGUUCAUCCUGGAGCAGCUGAGGUCGCAGAAGCUCUACUCACCUGGCACUGAGGCGAGGAGUCCAAACUCGGACUCGUCGGAAAAGAGCGACAGCGGUGUACUGGAUACCGAGUCAGCCCGAUUAGAUGACACGCCGUUCGAGGAUGAUCGGGGACAGGACGCGGACGGCGAGGCCGACUGCGAGGAGAGGAAGCCCUUCGAGGGCAUGAGGGAGUACGCGGAGUCGACUAUGCAAGAGCUGCUGGCGAUCUACGGACUGGCGGGUGGAGAGUUGGCCAAGUCAGUCAGCAGACAGCUACCGCCGACCUUCCUGAACCCUGCGACUGGCCAACAGCCACACGGGAAGGUGAAAGUGAAAGAAGAAAAGGAUGCUUCAUCGAUGGCGCCAGGAAGCCCUCCUACGCCGCCACACACCCCUCAGAGUCCGCCCCGACAUAAUCCACCUCCCAGCAACCUGUCUCAGUCCUGUCAGACGUCAAAUGCGAACUCGCCCAGUCUCCAGCAGCAACAACACCAACAGCAACAGCACCAAGACCAACAACACCAACAGCAGCAACAGCAACAACAACAGCAGCAGCAGCAACAACAACAACACCAACAGCAACACCAACAACAACAAUCCCUUCACGCGAUGGCAAACUCGCCUCUCGGGCAAAUUCUGGUGCAGAAUCCAGCAUUGGCUCAGCUGCUGCAACAAAACCCAGCGAUCCUCUCGCAGAACCCGCAACUGGCGCAACUGUUGCAGCAGAAUCUUCAGGUUCAGAUGGGCAGCGUCCUCUUGCAGAACGUCAGGAGGGAGGAACCUGAAGAGCCGAGGGUACCGCCGACAAUAGCGAGCCUGGCGGCGAUGAAGGUGGAGGCAGCUGACCCGAAGGUUUCCGCCCUGCUGAGACAAAGCAUGUCUCCUGUGGCGGAUACCUUGAUCGGUAGCUCGAAAAGCUCGGUGUCCCAGCCUAUAAUCGAUUACUCGCGAUACGUGAGGCGGUACACGUCCGGGCAAGAGUGCGGCAGCUCGUACUGCAAGGAGCUCGGCUGCCGAGAGCAUUUUCACUGUCUGGACUGCAGUGGUAGGGUGUUCGUGAAGAAAGAGGAGAUGAUCAGGCAUUUCAAGUGGCACAAAAAGAGGGACGAAUCUUUGCAGCACGGUUUCAUGAGGUACUCGCCGACGGACGACUGCUCGGAGAGGCAUCCGGGCCGCGCGUGUCCCCACAAUCGCAAACAGACCCACUACCACUGCAUCCACGAGAACUGCGACAAGGUUUACAUAUCCACGUCGGACGUGCAGAUGCACGCGAACUACCAUCGCAAGGAUUCCGCGAUCAUACAGGAGGGUUUCCAACGGUUCCGCGCCACCGAGAGCUGCGCUACCGAUCACUGCACCUUCGUCGGCCAGAGGACCACGCACUUCCACUGCCGGCGACCCGGAUGUAGGUUCACGUUCAAGAACAAGGCUGACAUGGACAAGCACAAAUCCUACCACAUCAAAGACGAGCAGCUCUCCCGCGACGGUUUCAAGAAGUUCAUGAAGUCUGAAGCGUGUACGUUCGAGCAGUGCCGUUUCUCCCGCGUCUGCAACCACAUCCACUGCAUACGACCCCACUGCAGCUACGUCCUCCAUUCAUCCGGCCAGCUCUUCUCCCACAAACGGAAACACGAGCGCCACGAGUCCGAGCUAGCCUACCGAAAAUACAAGCAGAUCAGCUCGGUGUCCGGCGUUAGACCCCCUGGUUCCUGGCCACCUGAUGAUCUCAGUGGACAGAGUCUCUCUUUGAGCCUGAACGGAGAGAGUUCGAACGAGGAUAGAGGAUCGCCAUCGUACUACUCUUUAGACGACUCCUUCCAAAGUGGCAGCGACCUGGCGAUGGAUCUUACCGCGCCGACGACUACUACGGUCUCUGCUAGUGGAAGCUCCACGAUGACCAUCGAUUCCCAGCAUCAGCAGCAACAGCAGGGUCAAUUGACGGCGACAGAGCUAGCGUACCUAGUGCCAGGUAGCUCGGAAUGCCCCUGCCACCUAGGCAGGGAGCAUCAUCAUUGCGGACUCGACCGUUGCGGCGCUGCGCUGAGGGAUCCUCGCGAGGUCAGGGAACAUUUGAGGGAACACGAGACUCAGGAACGCAUCACCGACGCUUUCUUCGAAGAAGGUGGCUGCGAUGACAGUUGUCCUUACGCUGAUAAAGAGAAGCACUAUCACUGCAACUGGGAGAACUGUCGAGAGGUGAUCCUCUCUACUGAUAAGCCGUUCCGCAGGCUUCAACAUUACAAGAUCCACGAGUACAGCAGGCAACUGAACCUAUCAUGCUCCUCUCACGCUCUUUCUUCUGACGUGACGUUGACCCACUUGACGAACAUCGACGCUAUGUUCAGGCGGAAACGAGGCAGACCCCCUAAAAACAGGGUCAUCGAAAUUUGGUCUGGCGGCGAUCCAACUACUCAUACUCACGACUCGCCGCAAGCUAUCUUCACCAGCUUCAAGCUACCUAAACCGCAGACCCCCAGUCUGACAGUGAACCCUUUGACAGAGGAUCGCGAAGGGAGCAUCUCUCCCUCAAACAGCCUCGGCGAACCGGAAGGAUUCUCCACGUAUAAUCCCGACGGAUGUCCGGAUCCGGCUUGCGUCCUAAGGUCCACGAGACACCAUCACUGCUCUCAGGCCAGGUGUCACUUCUCCACUGACAGGCCUGACCAACUGUUGAUGCACAGCAAGGACUUCCAUGACAAUGUAGAUAUACCGGCUGGAUUCGCGUUCUUCGAUAAAAUGGUGGACUGCCGGCUGCCUGGGUGUCACAGUAACCGCGUGAACCGGCAUUUUCACUGCACCAGGCCCAACUGUGGAUACUCCUUUGUUAGAUACUCGACAAUGGCGUUGCACGAAAAGCAACACACCGGGCACAACGACUCUGCCGGUCAGGAAUCGGUUCACGACAGUCACCACCAGAUUCAGUCGGUCGUGCAGGAGGCCAAGCCUAGGAUUCAGGUGAAGAAUCCGGCGGAGCUGAUCGAGAAGCCGGACGAGUGCUUGACCGCCGCGGAUCUGGAGAACAGAUCUAUGAUGGAGGAGAAGGAGGUGGAGAUCCCCAGUCCCGAUGCCAACAAGACGACCGUGGUGAGGGCGGCAGGCACCUAUUAUCCGGUCAGUGGACCGCCGAGUGAACCUGCACUUCCGGGCGUCGUGCUAUCCAUGCGAACUUCCGUGCAUCAAGAAUCACCGGUUCUCCCAUCGACCAGCUCAGCCUCGCCUCACACGCUGUACGGUCCGGAGCAGAGCUGCAGCAGACCGUUCUGCAAGCUGAAACGGAAGAACCACUACCACUGCAACGCGUGCAACCAGGCGUUCUCCGAGCUGGACCGGCUGGUAGCGCACAUAGCGAAGCAUUCGACGGGCGCGAUCCUCAGCCAGCAGCAGCACGACCUGGCGAACCAAGUGCCCAAUCAGCUGCAACACGAGUACCUGGCGCAGCUGUCCCAGAAGCACGAGUUCAUGGCGCAGAACGCUCAGAUGGCGCAGAACAUUCAGAACUUCCAGAACCAGAUGCAGCGUCAGAUGCAGCAGACGCUGGGUCAGAUGAACCAGCAGAGCCAGGUGAAGGACGUGAAGAUGGAGCCGGCGAGAAGCGGAGCUGACGUCGGCGUGCAGAAUGUGCCCAGCGUGAAGAGAGAGCCGAAUGAGAUCACCAGAGACGAGGGGAACAAUUCAGUGAUGGACGCCAACGAGAACGGACAAUUGUCCCAGCCAAGCGUGCCUCCUAACGUCCAACAGUCUCCUGUCCCUACAAGCUUCGAGCUGGACCUCAGCCAUGGAUUCCACUUUCCCAGUCCCGCCGUGAUGGCCGCCAUGAACCAACAGAUCGCUCUCAUGAACCAAGCUCUGCCGCCGUUCCUUCAACACGGUGGCAUGUAUACCGGAGCACCAGGGCUGAUGUUUGCUCCCGGUCUACCUCCGGCUAACUUCCUACCUCCUGCCAGGGACGAGAAUCCUCUAGCCUCGCUGGCUGCGAACCUUAACCUCAAUAAGAGGUCCCUGUCUCCGCCUGACAGCAAUUCCCCGGAGGCCAAGAAACAGAGGCUGCAUCACUCGAUGAGGAUGCUGAAGGAUGAACCGGUGCCCGAAGGAUACGUCAGGUUCCGCUUCAACGAAGACUGCAGGUACCCCCAUUGCGGCUACAGGGAGCACCAAACGCACUUCCACUGCAUGCGCCAGGACUGCGGCUACUCGUUCUGCGACAAAACCCGCUUCGUGCAACACACCGCUCGCCACGAACGACUGGACACCCUGAUGGGCGGCGACUUCCAGCAGUACAGGGCGAACGUACCUUGCGGCAGAGCGCAGUGCGCGUACACGUCUUCGCUGGGCUCGAUGCAGAACAAGGCUUCUCACUUCCACUGUCUGAAGUGCGACUUCGUGUGCACGGACACUAACAAGGUGGUCGCUCACCGGCGUCAGCACGCGAAGCUGGACAGCAUAGCGGCAGCAGGCUUCCAGAAGUUCACCCCCAGCCAGCCGUGCGGCGGCGUGCAGUGCCAGCACUCCGGUAAACAGACCCACUACCACUGCCUGCAGUGUCAGUACGCGGUGCUGGGCCUGGCGCAGAUGUCCGCUCACAAGUACAGACACAUGGACCCAUAACGACGUCCAGCUGGGCGGCUAUUCGCUGGAGGAGGCUCAAGAAAGACGGUUGUCUUGGUCCCCGUAGACAUUCCCCGAAGAGUGCAUGCGUGCCCUUGAACGAUUGGGGAUGAAGAAUAUCGACGGGGUUUCGGUUGCAUGGGAUCAGCUGGGAUCCUGCGAGUCCUGAGCACCGGAAUCGAUGAAAAAGACAAUGCUCGCUCUCCCUGUAGACAUUCCCCUGCGGCGACGCUAUGUAAUCAACUCUUAUGGUUCUACAACGUGCCGGAUAACUAAGGGCAACCCGACCUAGUCAUUGAGAAGCUAGGAUGGACUCCGAUUGCCUAGUUUCGGGGGAGACGACACCGUGCGUCGGUUAAGCAGGUCUCUGCUCGAUGACUCUUCGUACUUACGAGGAUAUUUAUUUUAACAGCGGCCGGUAACCGACCUGCGAGUCCCGUCGUUACUUAGCAUCAGUAGCUAUCGUACCGACGGGACAACGGAACGGUUGAACCUGCUCGUUAAGGGCUGCAACGUUUGAAUGACACGCUCGUGGUUGAUAUUGAGGAAAGACUUUUUCGAUUCCUUUCGAAUUAUCUCGCGACGAUGUUCCAGCGUGAUGAUGGAGGUGUUCAAUGUUCAAUGGAACCUGGUACAGAACCGUAGACAAUAAACACGGACGAUGAGUCUACCGUUAUAGCUUUAGCGCGAUGAAAAAAGACAAACUUGUAAUAUUUAAUAGCAAAAGACCUUGUACAUUUUUUUUUCUUUUGUUUCUUCUACUUCUUUUUUGUUUUUUCUUUCUUUCUUUCUUUCUCUUUUUUUUUAGUAUCGUGUACCCUCCGCGUGGUGCAGCGGCGACUUAGGUCCUAGAGUAGAUAGUUAAUAUAUAUACAUAUGCAAUGAGAAGAAGAGAAAGAAAAUCCUUGAAGGAUCCAGCGGAAAGAUCGACGAGACUUUUUGUUCGAACGACUGACGUGGCUCGCUUGGUGAUGAACUGCCGAGGGCCAAGGUUCGGAGUGUACCGGCGAGCCGAGAAGGACAUUGUGCUUCAAAAUGGCGUCGUGUCUAGUCCAUCGCACCAUCGGUGAUUUCAGGCGCAACUGAGAAUUGCCUGUUAAUCGGCCAAUCAAUUAUACUCCACUGUUGGUCGAUCGAAAACGGAAACAGGACAGAAUCAAUCAACGACGGUGCAAUGAUCUUUCUACCAUCGGCAAUCACUAAACUCUCUUAUCGUCGACGGCGAAACGUUGCUGUACAGUUUCGUCGAUCUCGUGUACGACGCAGGAAAGAAACAUUCGACCACCCUGGUCUCUUGUAACGAUUCUAUUGAGAAACGCAAGAAACGCAUCACCGAUGAACAGAGAAAUUGCUUCGAGCCGCGUCACAAUGAAACUAAGAAUACAAAUAGAAAUCUGUCUAAUGCAAUUUAUCGAUUGCCCGUGAAACGACUCGAGAAACUAGGGUAAGAGUGUUUUCUUUCCAGUUGUCGCGUGUUUUUCGAGAAAGAGGGUCAAUCGAAUCGUACUAAAGAUUAUACGCUUCUUCGGGGAUACGUGCCGCGGCCGGGAGGGUACCCGUUCACGUUAAUCGUAUUUACGAACAGUAUUGCUAAACCGAGAGUUAAUAAAAAGACUGCCAGCCGGAGACGAGACCAGAGCA